AGCAGCAUAAAUCUAGUACUCCAGUCUGCAACACAGUCAAACACCACCUUUCCUCUCCUUGCAAAACACACCUCACGAAUUUUCCGGCCAGCCCAUGGAGCAUCCCAACCCGACCCGAUUCGGAACCAGCAUCCACAUAACCGCACUCGACGGCAUCACCAACGUCAACUCCCUCUUCACUUUAGCAGUCUUCAUCGGCCUCACCUGGAACCCAUCUGACCCGAACAACAGCCUCAUAUCCGACCCGAAAUGCUUCCCCGGACCCGAUAUCGCCGAGAAUCUCAUCGCCUUCCACGUCUACUCCUUCAGCUCGUUUCUCUUCUCAAGCCUCAUUGCAUUGGGUCUCAAGCAAGUGAUUCGGAUCGCGAGAAACUCGGGUGACCCGCACUGGCAUUUGUUCACGUUUGAUAUGUGUCGGGUUAACAAGAGUGUGCUUCGGGUCGGGUAUUUGGUUUCGGCUGUCGGGUCGCUCUGCGGGUGUGGGUUUUUGAUGAUGGCACUUGUGAAUGUGGCUCAGAUCAAGUUGGGCACUUUGAGUUGUGGGAGUGGAGAUACUUAUAGUGCUGUUGUGCCUCUGUUGAUUUUGGUUCCUUGUGCUCUUGUUAUUUAUGCUUCUUUUGUUUUGUAUGCUUUUACUCAGUGAUAUCCGCUUGUUUUGUUGUGUUAUAUCAUAUAUGUGUGUUUAACUAGAUUGUCUAAUCAAAUUCGAUAAACCGGUAUUUUCCACUCUGGGAGGGGAAGUGUGUAACUAGAAUUAUGAAAUGACAAAGAUUUGUUUUUAUUUUUC